AUGACCAACCUUCAUCGUUCAGGAUGUCUCGUUCUCCUCCUUCUCCUCAUAUCAUGCUGCGUAAUGGCACGCAGACGACGAAGGCUACGAAACCCCUCUUCUACAAACUAUACAGCCGGUGGCCCAGGUGCUGGAUUUUAUGGCACAGGCGGACGGCCGCUGUUUGGCGCGGGGGGCAUGUUUCCACUCGGGAAGCAGAAUCCCAAUCAGAAUACGAUGCUCCCACAACAUCAGCAGCCAGCGGGUGCUGGAUAUGGCUAUGGAAAUGGUGUUCCUAAUUCGUACAUCGGUCCGACUCAGAAUGGCGCGGGAAGUAGCUACCCGCAGACAUCGCCUCCGCCUCCGCCUCCGUAUGGUAAGGAAGGUUCUGGGUAUGCUCCGCCCCCUGGCCCACCUCCACCUGCACAUACAACGGGUGGACAAAACGAUCAAUUCGUUGGUGGAUUCAGAUCGUAA